UUCGGGUGGAAGUGCCGCACGCUCACAGUAUUCCCAGGACGUACCGUUUUUCAGCCUUAUUUAUGUUCUCUCUUCACCCGUCAGCCUAAAAAAUUACCACAGUGCCACUUACCCACCUUAAUGGGAAUCUGCACGAAAGGCCAUUUCUCCAGUUUCUCUCUCUCAAAAGCAAAGGAAAACUUCCCAAUAUUAAUAUGUAGCAAAAAGAGGCAGAAGAAAAAGCCGAUUUGGUCCGCCCUCCUGGCUGUUGCUACCUUGCAGCUUAUGACAUACACAUAGAGGGAGGUCUGAUGAAGUGAACGAGGCAGCCAGAGAGCUACUCCAUUCCCGUGGAAACCAGGAGUCCCUUGGUGCAGACAGCUCUUCCUACUUUCCCGUGCAGUUCUUUUGUGUGACUUUGAGGGGCUCGUGAAUGAUUUCUAAAUGUGUGCCUGCUGAGGCGAGCCGCACAGGGAGGGAGGAACCCAGCCGAGCCGUGCCAGAGGAAGCCAACAGGAUCCUAGCAGUGCGGGAGCCGGCUCGGCUCUUGCAUGCAGUUUUUGAAGUCAGCAAAACAGAAACCAAAUUACUAUCAUAUUAUGCUGGUGGAAGAUCAAGAAGAGGGGACUCUACACCAGUUUAAUUACUGUGAGAGAUACACUUGUUAUUCUGUGACUCGCUGCAUCUCAUGUGUGGACCCUGAAGACAAAUGACAUUUACCUCCCGGAACGCUCAAAAAAACCUGCAACCUCUAUGCUAAAAGUUCAUUCUGCCUUUUUGUCCUCGCUUUGCCAAGAAAACAAUAAAAUCAAACCGUGGACUCUCCUAAAAUUCUGAAUGAAGAAAACUUAGAGCCACCACAGUUCGGUUCUUUAUCAUUGUAAAAAUGGAAGACAAAAAUCCAGCCCCAGGAGACCAGCAUGUACACCAGUCUCAGUGUCACAGAGCAUGGGGACAUGAAGGUGAAUGGUGAACAGAGGCUAUAACGUGUUAGUCCUUCCACACCUCAUCUGCUACAAGUUCUGGCUUAGACAUGGAUAUUCUUUGUGAAGAAAAUACUUCUUUGAGCUCAACUACGAACUCCUUAAUGCAAUUCAAUGAUGACACCAGGCUCUACAGUAAUGACUUGAACUCCGGAGAAGCUAACACUUCUGAUGCAUUUAACUGGACAGUCGACUCUGAAAAUCGAACCAACCUUUCCUGUGAAGGGUGCCUCUCACCAUCGUGUCUCUCCUUACUUCAUCUCCAGGAAAAAAACUGGUCUGCUUUAUUGACAGCUGUAGUGAUUAUUCUAACCAUUGCUGGAAACAUACUCGUCAUCAUGGCAGUGUCCCUAGAGAAAAAGCUGCAGAAUGCCACCAACUAUUUCCUGAUGUCACUUGCCAUAGCUGAUAUGCUGCUGGGUUUCCUUGUCAUGCCCGUGUCCAUGUUAACCAUCCUGUACGGGUACCGGUGGCCUCUGCCCAGCAAGCUUUGCGCGGUCUGGAUUUACCUAGACGUGCUCUUCUCCACGGCCUCCAUCAUGCACCUCUGCGCCAUCUCGCUGGACCGCUACGUCGCCAUCCAGAAUCCCAUCCACCACAGCCGCUUCAACUCCAGAACUAAGGCAUUUCUGAAAAUCAUUGCUGUUUGGACCAUAUCAGUAGGUAUAUCGAUGCCAAUACCAGUCUUUGGGCUACAGGAUGAUUCGAAGGUCUUUAAGGAGGGGAGUUGCUUACUUGCCGAUGAUAACUUUGUCUUGAUCGGCUCUUUUGUGUCAUUUUUCAUUCCCUUGACCAUCAUGGUGAUCACCUACUUUCUAACUAUCAAGUCACUCCAGAAAGAAGCUACUUUGUGUGUAAGUGAUCUCGGCACACGGGCCAAAUUAGCUUCUUUCAGCUUCCUCCCUCAGAGUUCUUUGUCUUCAGAAAAGCUGUUCCAGAGGUCUAUCCACAGGGACCCAGGGUCCUACACAGGCAGAAGGACUAUGCAGUCCAUCAGCAAUGAGCAAAAGGCAUGCAAGGUGCUGGGUAUCGUCUUCUUCCUGUUUGUGGUGAUGUGGUGCCCUUUCUUCAUCACGAACAUCAUGGCCGUCAUCUGCAAAGAGUCUUGCAAUGAGGAUGUCAUUGGGGCCCUGCUCAAUGUGUUUGUUUGGAUCGGUUAUCUCUCUUCAGCAGUCAACCCACUGGUCUACACACUGUUCAACAAGACUUAUAGGUCAGCCUUUUCACGGUAUAUUCAGUGUCAGUACAAGGAAAACAAAAAACCAUUGCAGUUAAUUUUAGUGAACACUAUACCGGCUUUGGCCUACAAGUCUAGCCAACUUCAAAUGGGACAAAAAAAGAAUUCAAAGCAAGAUGCCAAGACAACAGAUAAUGACUGCUCAAUGGUUGCUCUAGGAAAGCAGCAUUCUGAAGAUGCUUCUAAAGACAAUAGCGACGGAGUGAAUGAAAAGGUGAGCUGUGUGUGACAGGCCAGUUGCCAUGGUAACUGUGGAGGGCACACUGAGCAAGUUUUCACCUAUCUGGAAAAAAAAAUAAGAGACUGGAAAAAAUUACACCAGUCUAGUGGAACCAACGAUCAUAUCUGUAUGCCUCAUUUUAUUCUGUCAAUGAAAAGUGGGGUUCAAUGCUACAAAGUGUGUGCUUGGAAAAUGUUCUGACAGCAUUUCAGCUGUGAGCUUUCUGAUACUUAUUUAUAACAUUGUAAAUUAUGUCUUUAAAAUGAUUCACUUUUAUUGUAUAAUUAUGAAGCCCUAAGUAAAUCUAAAUUAACUUCUAUUUUCAAGUGGAAACCUUGCUGCUAUGCUGUUCCUUGAUGGCAUGGGAUAGAGUUGGUUACCUAUAUGCUGUAAAUAAAAAUAGCUAUAAAUAGUGAAAAUUUUAUUGAACAUAAUGGCCUCUUUAAAAAUCUCUUUAAAACUUACUAUGGUAUAUAUUUUGAAAGGAGAAAAAAAAGACACUAAGGUCAGUGUUACAAAAUCUGUAUUGCUAAGAUAAUUAAAUGAAAUACUUGACAACAUUUUUCAUUCCUGCUUUUUCAUAGAUACCAUUUUGAAAUAUUCACAAGGUUGCUGCAUUUGCUGCAUUUCAAGUUAAUUCUCAGAAGUGAAAAAUAUUUCAAAUAUUAUUCAAUAACUAUUGCUGCUUUCUCUUCUACUUCUUGUGCUUUACUCUGAAUUUCCAAUGUGGUCUUGUUUGAUACUUGUUCUUCUAGGUAAACUAGCAAAAGGAUGAUUUAACAUUACCAAAUGUGUUUCUAGCAAUUGCUUCUCUAAAACAGCACCAUAGAGGUUAUUUGGUAACUUGCUGUGAAAUGACUGCAUCAUGCAUGCACUCUUUUGAGCAGUAAACAGUAUAUUGAUGUAACUGUGUCAGGAUUGAGGAUGAACUCAGGUUUCUGGCUACUGACAGUAGUAGAGUCCCAGGACAUCUCCGUAAAAAGCAGGUGACUUUCCUAUGACACUCAUCAGGUAAAUUGAUGCUUUCAGAUCCAUUGGUUUAUACUAUUCAUUAAAACCAUUCCGCUUGGUUCCACAAUCAUCUAUUGAGUGUACAUUUAUGUGUGAAGCAAAUUUCUAGAUAUGAGAAAUAUAAAAAUAAUUAAAAUAAAAAUCCUUGCCUUUAAACAAAAUGGUUCGGCCAGGCACGGUGGCUCAUGCGUGUAAUCCUAGCACUUCAGGAGGCUGAGAUGGGAGGAUCACUUGAGGCCAAGAGUUCAAGACCAACCUGGGUAAAAAAGUGAGACCUCCCUGUCUUUACAAAAAAAAAUUAGCUGAUCCUGGUGGCACACAACUGUGGUCCCAGCUACACGGGAGGCUGAGACACAAGGAUCACUUGAGCUCAGGCGCUCAAGGCUGCAGUGAGCCAAGUUCACAUCACUGCCAUUUCCUCCUGGGCAACAGAGCGAGACAACUACCACAAAAAAAAAAAAAAAAAAAAAAAAGACUAAACUGAAAUGGUCUUAGUCAAAAAAUAUAAACAGACUUAUUUUUAGAAUCCUUUCAACUUAUUUCCUUCUUACCUGGUUCAGAAACAAGUUUGUUUCAACUGUGAGAGUAGUUUUCAAAAUAAGUUUUCUUGAUUGGUUUACCAACAAACAACAAACAAAGAAAGGAGGGGGAAAAUAUCACUUGAGGCUUAACAUUGCAAUUAAUUUAGAAAUAUACACCUGAAUCUCAAACCAAUUUAUAACUACCAUAGUUUUGAGCAAAAUUUUUCUUUUAUUUCUCCAAAAACUCACUCAUUUCAGUAUUACUCAUUGGCACUGAGCUCCCUAAUUGAAAAGCAGAUAUUAUAAUAUUUCGUUGAAGUUGUUACUGAAGAGAAAAAGAGAUUAACAACAGUUAAUCCACUUUGAUAUUAUAACACUCAAGGUUAAAUUACAUGUUGUUAUUGGAAUCAGUGUUAGAUAUGUGAUUACAAUGCUGAAGCAUUUCUAUUGAAUGAGAAAUAGUUUUUGCCUUAAACCUUUGGAAAAAGCUACAGAUUUGAAAACUAAAGAAUGUGGGAAGUGUCACUGUGUGAUUUGGAAAUGCAUAAAUUCUAAUUAUGUCCUCAUAGAUAUGUUGAAAGAUAGUUCACUAUUUCAAAGAUAGAAUGUGUAAGAUGCUGCUAGUACCAAGGCUGCAUUUGAACUGAACUACUCCAUGAUUAUACCAUACUAACUGAUAAAAAUAUAAAUGUUAAAAUGUCUGUGCUCUAAUGUAUUUUGCCUUCACUUAUAACACUGCACAUUUCAUUUUAUAUUAGGGAAAAUAUUACAGAUUCUACCCCCAUAUACUCAAUCUUGAUCAGAAUGAACAUUAAUGUUGCCUGAUAGAUGUCUUUUGACUACCUAUAUAUUACAAAUGUAUAUGUGUUUUUUUAUUCCAUUAGUAUCUAUUCAAGUGUAUACUGUAUAGGCAAAUGUGUAGCUGUAUAUAUGUACAGACAUGUUCUCAUGCACUUUAUUCAAUAUUUAUAUAUUUAUAUGGAGGAAAAGCAAGUCAAUGAAAACAGUCAGUGUAUACACACGUGUGCAUGUUUGUAUCAUGUUUAUUUAAAUGUGAAUUCAUGUUCUAAUAUUUCUAUGACCUUCCAUUGCUGCAAAGCAGAUUAAAGUGUAACAAAAGUAUCAGCUCUUUAAAUAAACUGGAAGUUAAUCUAAUUUUGUGGAAGAACUUUAAGACAAGUCUAUGAGGAUGGUGAACACAAUGGUCCACAUAUAUAGUUUCUUGAUCCUAAAUAAAAUGGCACCUUUGGGCCCUUUGUUUAGUUUGGCGAUUUUCUGACUACUAUGACUUUUUAAACAGACUCACGCCUAAGUGAAACACAGUUGUCAAAUGAUUUAUGGAUCUGUGAUUAAAGGACUCACUUUUAAUCAAUACUAUCAAAACGGAGUAACAAACCUUGCUCUACUUUAAGUUGAAUGAUAGAUUCCUCUAUAUUCAAAAAAAAAGCAAUUAACUGCCAUAAUUAGGGAAAACUCAGUUUAAAGCAUACUUCAUCUACUUGGCCACAGCGCCAUCUCAUGGUAAUUUUUUAAAGUGCUCCUGUAGCCAAAUUGAACUAAGUCACUGUACUGCUUUCAGAAAAGGGUGCUUCUCCCAUUUGUGCAUCAAUGAGACACAUCAAUGAGACAUAUUUGCAAAGUGCUAAAUUAUUCUGUGCCAUAUGUAACAAAUACAGUGAAGAUUAUUUUAUGAACUUAUUUUAAUCAAGGUGAUGCUAAAAGUUUUUCAAGAAAGGAUAACUGUAAAUAAAGUAUACUCAAAAA